AGACGGAGGCUGAGGGGAGAGGAAGAAGGAGGGCUGUGUGUCUGUGUGAGGAGGGAAGGAGAAAAAGAAGAAGAAGGCGCCAUGAGGGGAGCCAUGGCGGCCCUUCUCUUCCUCUUGGCGACUGUGGCGAUGGCGAUGGCGUCGGCGGCACUGGGAGGCCCUCCUCCUGGUUCCAAGGCCUCUCGGGGCCUGGCCGUGCCUUUCGUCUUCGACCCGGGCGCCCUCUGCAGCCCGCCUUGCCACCACGGAGGCCUCUGCAUCCGCAACGGCACCUGCUUCUGCGCCAAGGGCUACGAGGGCGAGAGGUGCCAGUAUGCAACUUGUUAUCCAAAAUGUAAAAAUGGUGGGAAAUGUCUCAGACCUGGAAAAUGUAGAUGCCAACCUGGCUAUGGAGGAAGAUAUUGUCAUAAAGUAAGCUGCGAAGGAGGAUGCCAAAAUGGUGGGGAAUGCAUCUCUGUUAAUGGGAUGGUAAAGUGCCUUUGUGCUUCAGGUUGGACAGGAUCACGAUGCCAAGAAGCGGUUUGUUCCCAGGGAUGUCGGAAUGGAGGCAUUUGCGUAGCUCCUGGAAUCUGCAGCUGUGCAACUGGAUGGAUUGGUGGAGCAUGUCAUUUAGAAUUCUUCACUGCAUAGCUGUUGGCUACGCUGACUAGGAGAUCCUUGGAAGUGCAGUCCAGAAAUGUAACAUCUCCCAGUUCUGAUUGCCUUGUGAAAGAUCUACACAAAAAAGGAGGAGAGUUUAAGGGCAGUGUGGAGCUGGACUGCCUUCUUGACUCCUUGAGCAAGCCCAGCUGAAAUGAACAAACAAAGAAGCUGUAGUGUGACAGUUGUAUUAUUAUUAUUUUUUGAGAAACAGGAAGUUUGUGUCCUCUAUUUAUUGUCAUAUAUUCUAGGUGUCAUAUGUAUCAUAUUAUAUGAAAUUUGCAUCCAACUUUACAUUUUUAAGGACACGUGUCAAUUACUGGCUACAUAGAUACUGCUAUCAGUGAGGAAAGUUAAAAUAAAAUAAUUGAAAGUGACAUUGCAAACAGAAUUUUGCCACUAUAGUGGCUUCAUGGAUUUCACUAGCAAGUACACUGCUCUAACACACUGACAAUACCCGAUUUCAUCUGAUUUCAGAAACUAAGUAGGAUUGGCCCUGAUUAGCCUUUGGAUCGAACACACCACAAUGUCAGGAGUUUCCAGGUACAGUUGGAAACAAUCCUGCCUGAAACCAUGGCAAAUUACAACCAGUCAGAAUGGACAGUACUGGCCUAGAGGGAUCAGUGGUUUGACUUAGUACAAGGUUGGACUUUUCCUAUGUGCACUUUUCAUCAGUUCAUCAGCACUUUUGAAAAAGACU